AUGUUGCAGACUCGGCACUCAUCUGAAGGCAUGAUAUCGAUACACAUGCCUUUGGGCGCUAUUCACGACAACGAUACUUCCAGCGCGCACUCUGAUCAGUCCAUCACAACGCCAUCCACCUCCCCUCCAUGUGCGGCCGAGGACAUGGACUCGCCCUACAAGAAGGGCCCGCACGCUAUUCCAGAACCUUUAAACCUUGCAAACACGUCUUCGGAUGCAGAGACGCUUGAUCCUGCGAUUGCGACUCCAAGUUGUGAGUCGUUCCCAUCAGGCCCUCCCACCCUCACUACCACGGACGCUCCCCAACUACCUGACGGCGGUGCUCCAAGUCCGGCAACUAGUGCCGUGUAUGCCAGUGUACACCAGGAGGUAGUUGAGGAAAAAGCGGUAGAAAAAGUGGUCGAAGAAGAAGGCAAAGUAACCGUGGAGAUAGAACAAGAGGAAGAAGAAGAAGAAAUCGCCGGCGGGGUUGCUCACAAGCGAGUGUCAGCUUUAGACGACGUCCUGGUUGGCACAAGAGUCUCCGAAGGCCAUGAAAAUUUUGUAACAGCAUACAAUAUGCUCACAGGCAUCCGAUACGCAGUUUCCCGCUGCAAUGCUAAAAUUAAACGCGACCUACUGGAGUCCGAUUUCACCACCACCACUGAAAUGUCAUUCGACAUGUCCGGCCAGGGCGAUACCGUGUCGUCAAAGUAUAUGUUUAGAUUCAAGGACUAUGCUCCUUGGGUGUUCCGCCACCUCCGGGAACUGUUCGGGCUGGACCCUGCAGACUAUCUCAUGUCCAUGACAGCAAAGUACAUUGUGAGCGAGCUGGGCUCACCAGGCAAGAGCGGAUCGUUUUUCUACUAUUCGCGUGAUUACCGUUUCAUUAUUAAAACAAUCCGGCACUCUGAACACAAGCAGCUGCGCCGGAUUCUCAAGAUUUAUUACCAACACGUUCGCGACAAUCCCAACACACUUAUCUCCCAGUUUUAUGGAUUGCAUAGAGUUCGUCUUCCUUUUGGACGGAAAAUCCAUUUCGUCGUAAUGAAUAAUGUGUUCCCUGCCCUCCACGAAAUCCACCGUCGCUACGACCUGAAAGGGUCGACCUUGGGCCGCGCUUAUCAUCGGGAGGAUGAGAAACACAUGGUAGUUUUGAAAGACUUGGACUGGCUCCAAAACCACGAACGUAUUGUGCUGGGACCUGAGAAGCGUGCUCUAUUCAUGAGACAGCUAGAGCUUGAUGUACAAAUGCUGCAAAGAGCCAACGUCAUGGAUUAUUCACUGCUCAUCGGUAUCCACGACAAGUCCAAGGGCAACUCGGCGUUGAGUGCGUUGACGAGGUUCAAGCAAUUUGGCCCUGGAAGCGACACCGGCACCGACCCUGCGCGACGAGUCCGCCGGCGUCAGCAAGAGCAAGACGAAUUCUCUCGCUUGCAACGGCAGCUUCAAGAUGCAAACCCCACUGCAUUGACGGACUUCCAGUUCGAUGAACAAUUCCGCUCGCAAUUCGCAUUCUACCGGGAUUCGGGCGGAUUCCAGAGCACAGACCCCCAAAACGAACCGCGAGACAUCUUUUAUUACAUGGGAAUCAUCGACUUUCUCACCGAGUAUUCAUUCAGAAAACGAGUGGAAACGUUUUGUAAAUCGCUCGUGCAUAGACGCAGCGAGCUCUCUGCAGUACCGGCGUUUGAGUACGGCGACCGCUUUUUCCGGUUCCUCUGUUUAGCGGUGGGGUCGCCGAUUGAGCGUAAAGAGCGCAAGCGGCGUUCAGAGGAGGCAGCUGUGGCCACUCAAACGAACGGGGACGAGGCGGCUACCCGGCUGACGCCCUCAGCCACACCUGACGCCCACAGUCCUUCGCUUGUUCGCGUGCUCUCAAACGCUUCAAACGCUUCAAACGGCAGCCGAGCCACUGCUGUCUCCAAGUCGAAUAGCGGUAGCACUGCUGCCCGCCCACAAAUACCAGAGCAAUCAAGCAGAGCGAGUAUCAUUGCAUAUCGCUGA